UACAAAAAGAAAAUCCUCGUUAGCAGUAACACCAGAAUACUUUUCCCAACAUCAUGGCGACAUAGUUUCUGCUAUAUGUCAACAUACUGUCGACAAUUCCGUACUCCCCAGCCCGCCAUUACCAAUCCACGCGCCACUUGAGCUCAACAACCAUGGAUUCGCUCGCCAUCCUGUCCUCAUCCCGCCAAUAUUCUUCUCCCUCGCUUUCUGCCUUAUAUUUCUUCGCAUUGUCGCCUGCAAUCUCUAUCGUUCUCAGGCGCAUUUCGUCGAACACAAGCGAUACAGUUCGAAAUCUUGAUUUCUGCUGUGAAUUUUUCCCUUAUUGUCUGCAUUUUCGGAGAUGGGAUCGUUGCCCGCCAUUGAAAAGCCUCUGGAGUAUCCAUUAGCUCGUCGAGAUGAGUCCAUGGUUGAUAACUAUCAUGGCGUCAUGGUCCACGAUCCUUACCGAUGUUGUAAUAACCUUAUCAUGAGAGCUCGGACAUUGCUUGAGGAUCCUGAUUCUGAGGAGACAAAAGACUUUGUGGAGAAGCAGAUGAAGUUAACAGAUUCUGUGCUCAAAACAUGUGAAACAAAGGAAAAGCUUCGCGACAAGCUUACGAAGCUAUACGAUUUUCCCAAGUAUGAUGCUCCAUUUAGGGCCGGGGACAAAUAUUUUUACCUUCACAACACGGGUCUGCAACCACAACGAGUCCUAUAUAUUCAGGUUUUCGAUAGUUUGCAUGGAGAGCCCGAGGUUUUGCUUGAUCCAAACACAUUAAGUGAAGAUGGUACAGUGGCUUUGAAUACUUAUGCAGUUAGUGAGGAAGCAAAAUACUUAGCAUAUGGCAUUAGUUAUAGUGGAAGUGAUUGGGUGACUAUCAAAGUUAUGAGGAUUGAGGACAAGACAGUCGAGGCCGACACUGUUUCAUGGGUUAAGUUUUCGAGUAUUAGUUGGACGCACGACGGCAAAGGUUUUUUCUACAGUCGUUAUCCAGACCCAGGGGCUAGAAAAUUAGAUGCUGGGACAGAGACACGAGUCAAUCUACACCAUGAACUGUAUUAUCACUUUUUGGGUACUGAUCAGUCGGAAGAUAUACUGUGCUGGCGGGACCCGGACAAUCCUAAACAUACACGUUCGUCCUCAGUGACAGAGGAUGGGAAGUAUGUUCUUCUGUACACAUACGAAAAUUGUGGUCCAGUCAACAAGAUUUACUACUGUGACUUAACAGCAAUGGCCCAAGGGCUCAAGGGCCAUAGAGCCAAAAAGGAGUUGCUUCCUUUUGUGAAGCUCGUCGACACUUUUGAUGCCUCUUAUCACUAUGUUGCAAAUGAUGACACAAUUUUCACGUUAAGAACGAAUAAGGAUGCUCCUAGAAGCAAGCUGGUCCGUGUAGAUCUCAGAACACCUAAUUAUUGGUCCGAGUUGCUUCAAGAAGAUACUAAGGAUGUGCUUGUCUCUGCUAUUGCGGUUAAUGGUAAUCAACUGGUGUUGAACUAUUUGAGUGACGUGAAAAACGUUUUGCAAUUAAGAGAUUUGCAGACGGGCGCCUUUUUGCACGAUUUGCCGCUUGAUAUUGGGACGGUGUCCCAGAUUUGUUCUAGGCGCAAGGACAGCAUCGUCUUUAUUGGUUUUACGAGCUUCCUUGUUCCUGGCAUUAUUUAUUCAUGUAAUUUGGAAGCUGAUGUCCCGAAAAUGGAAAUAUUUCGAGAAAAUGUUGUCCCUGGCUUUGACAGGAUUGCUUUCGAAGCUCGUCAGAGACCUGAUCUGUUUGGCUGUGCACUUGCUCAUGUUGGUGUCAUGGACUUGCUAAGGUUUCACAAGUUUACCAUCGGCCAUGCAUGGACAUCAGACUUCGGUUGUUCAGAUAUAGAGGAAGAGUUCCAUUGGCUAAUCAAGUACUCACCGUUGCACAAUGUGAAGAGGCCAUGGGAUAAUAAAUCUCGUCUUACGUUAGUGCAAUAUCCUUCGACCAUGUUGCUCACAGCAGACCAUGAUGACCGGGUCGUACCUCUGCACUCACUCAAGUUAUUGGCGACCAUGCAACAUGUGCUAUGUACAAGCUUGGAGACGAGUCCUCAAACGAAUCCAAUUAUUGGACGUAUAGAACGUAAGGCGGGACAUGGUGCUGGGAUGCCGACCCAAAAAAUGAUUGAUGAAGCUGCAGAUAGGUACAGUUUCAUGGCAAAGAUGGUGGAUGCAUGGUGGACUGACUAGAAUAUGCUGCCAGGGAAGACACAGAGCUUUAUAGACUAUGGAACAUCAAUAUGCGUGUUUCUAUUUGAAGGAUUUACAUAAAUAAUGGUCUCCUUCAGGAUCAUCUCAUUAAUGUAAUACUUGAAAAUAUUGCAAGUAACACUAUCCUUCUGUAAUUCUAUCAGAGCCUAAUAUUAGACAUUCAUCUAAAAAUGGGUACCACAAUGCACAUUUAAGCAAUGGUGAUUGGAUUACCUUCUUUUUUUUU